GGGCCAAUUUCCUCAUAAGAAAAUUCCACUCAUCGAUACCUACAGGCUAAUAAAAAAAAUAACAACUCUGCCUCCCAUUGACUUUUUAAGAAACAACCACCCUUUUCUCCAUUUUUAAAUUUUCUAAAACUUCUAUAUAAACUCUAUCAUCGCAAUCACUGCUAUAUGCCUAACUUUUGGGAUCCUCUCUCAACUUUUCCCACCUUCAGGAGAUUCUUCUUGGUUGUUAAGAAUCUUAUCAGCUCCAUCAAUGGCGCCUCGUGGUAUCUUCUUGGCUUCUUUACUUCUCUCUUGCUUGGUACAAGCUUCGUACGGAAAUACUCUUUUCUCUUCUCUGAAAAAAACUCUCCAAGUCAAUGCCUCGCCUAAAAAUGGAGACGUCCUGAAAGUUGGUGAGAAGAUGACAGUGACGUGGGGACUAAACCAGAGCGCGCCAGCAGGGGUUGACUCGACCUACAAGAAAGUGGAGGUGAAGUUAUGCUACGCGCCAAUCAGCCAAGUGGAUCGGCCAUGGAGGAAGACAGAGGAGGAGUUGUCUAAAGACAGAACAUGCCAGUUCAAGAUCGUGGAGAGGCCUUACAUUAAGAAGCUCCAAACAUUCGAGUGGACGAUCGAGCGCGACGUGCCCUUCGCCACGUUCUUCGUACGCGCUUACGCCUUGGACGCCGCAGGGCAGGAGGUGGCCUUUGGUCAAACCACCGAUGAUCACAAAACCACUAACCUAUUCCAGAUCCACUCAAUCACCGGCCGCCACGUGUCACUCGACAUUGCUUCCGUCUGCUUCAGUGUUUUCUCCGUCGUCUCCUUGUUUGUCUUCUUCUAUUUGGAGAAGAGAAAGGGCAAAGCGUCUCGACAAAAGUGAUCGUAACAAGAAUGGUUCUUAGUAUGCUGCCUUGCAUGUCGUCUUUUCACUCAUUAUUUUCAUCGACGUCUUCAUUCCCUGUUACAUAUUUACAUAUAUAUAUAUAUAUAUAUAAAUAGAGAGAAAGAGAGAGAAAUAUUGGAACUUGUCUUUUCAUCUGGGCCGUUGGGACUGAUGGGACACAUGAUCCAGUGGGUCCCAGCUUUGGAAUUAGACGGUCCUGAUCCUACAAGGUAGCGGUCUAUGUUGAAGUUGCGGUUAGGAUCAGAAAUGGGGUGGGUGUUGGAAUUAUUAUGUACUUGUUUGAUCACUGGAAAA